AUGGAGUGGAUAGUGGAUAUGAAUAGGAUUGCAGGCAAUUGCACCGUAAAAAGUAGAAGCGGUAGUAAAACCUCUCAGCAACACCUAGUACUCAGAAACGAAGUGUGGACAUUCCAACAUAAUUCAGCCCCGGGUCAUAAGGCGCGCACUACCCAAAUUUGGCUUGAGCAAAAUGUUCCACACUUCAUAAAAGGUGAUGAUUGGCCUUCGGCUAGUCCGGACUUAAACCCUUUAAAUUGUGGUAACGACUCGGAGCCAGACGCAGAAGACUCAAGCGACACUCCUCGAGAGACUAGCAAGGCGAGGAGACGUCGCACCGCAUUCACAUCUGAACAGCUACUGGAGCUCGAGAGAGAAUUCCAUGCGAAGAAAUAUCUAAGUCUAACAGAGAGGUCGCAGAUUGCGGCCGCACUCAAACUUAGCGAAGUUCAGGUCAAAAUAUGGUUCCAAAACCGGCGCGCGAAAUGGAAACGAGUGAAGGCAGGCCUCGCGUCCGGCAGCCAUUCGAACGGCAAAAAUGGUUCAGGCACAAAAAUCGUCGUCCCAAUACCGACUCGACCGAACGCAACCGCUACCUGGGAGCUUAAUGCAGUCCCAGUCCUCAGCGUUCCUCAACACUUCAAAACUGAACCAAACGGAAAACCGGCAAGAACCGAAUAUCAAUUCGAAACUAGGUCUACUGAUUCGAGGGGAUUGAAUCCGGGUUUCUCUCAAAGAUGGUGA